AUGGACCCCUCACAGAAGAUCGACUUGUAUGCGACGCGGCUGGCAGAUCCCAAAGUCGGCAAAGCAAAGUCCAGCUAUGCCCUCGAAUUGCGCGAUUCCAUAGACACACUCUGCACGCCCGCUGCAGCCUACCAGAAAUUCCUGUCGAAACUAUGGCCAGUAUUCAAGAAAUUGCUAGAGGGCAAACCCGAGUUCAAUCCCAACUCUUCCGAGCACACACUGCGCAACCAGCUGCUAGAGAUAUUACACCGGUUGCAGCAUGCGUCGCCCGAAAUCGAGCCAUACGCUGUCGACAUGGUCGACUUGCUGAUGGACCUGGUACGAGUCGAGAACGAGGAUAAUGCCGUACUGUGCCUCAAGACCGUUAUGGAUUUGGCUCGAAGCCAGCAGCGCGCCACAGAGUCCAAAGUUCAGCCAUUCCUCGAUCUGAUCCAGGAGAUGUUCGAGGCAAUGGAUACCGUCGUGAAGGACACCUUUGACGACCCAGCACCUGUCUCAACCACUACUUCCGCCGGCACAGCAACAACGUCCCAGUCUCCGAGACCUGGCAGUCCAGCCAUGACCGUUUCAGACCCUGGCACGGAAAAGAAGGAACUGCUACCCCUUGCGAAAGGCAUGAAGUCCUUCAAGGUGCUGUCGGAGUGCCCCAUCAUCGUCGUUUCCAUCUUCCAAGCCCAUCGAUCUUCCGUACCGACCAACGUCAAGAAGUUCGUGCCCUCAAUCAAGAGCAUACUCAUGUUGCAAGCAAAGGCACAGAAGAAGGCUCACGACGAUGCUGCACAGAACAAUACAAUCUUUACGGGUGUCAGUAAAGAGAUCAAGAAUCGGGCUGCUUUCGGAGAUUUCAUCACGGCUCAGGUUAAGACUAUGAGCUUUCUGGCGUAUCUCUUGCGAGUGUAUGCUGAUCAGCUGAAAGAUUUCUUGCCCACACUCCCUGGCGUUGUCGUUCGUUUGCUCAAAGACUGUCCAAGAGAGAAAUCGAGCGCGCGUAAGGAGCUCCUCGUUGCUAUUAGGCAUAUCAUCAACUUCAACUAUCGCAAGAUUUUCCUCAACAAGAUCGACGAGUUGUUGGACGAUCGGAUAUUGAUUGGCAAUGGCUUGACUGUCUAUGAGUCUAUGAGGCCGCUGGCAUACAGCAUGUUGGCUGAUCUGAUCCAUCAUGUUCGAGAGUCUCUGAAUCGCGAUCAGAUCCGCAAGACCAUCGAAGUCUACACACGAAAUCUGCACGACAACUUUCCUGGCACGAGUUUUCAGACCAUGAGCGCGAAGCUUUUACUUAAUAUGGCCGAGAGCAUCACCAAGCUGGAAGACAAGGAGGACGCUCGACAUUUUCUAGUCAUGAUUCUUGAUGCUAUAGGCGACAAGUUUGCGGCCAUGAACUACCAGUAUGCAAAUGCUGUGAAGCUCAGCAAGCUCUAUGGCGACAAGAACAAGGAUCAAGCUUCCGAGUCUUACAUGGACGACAAGGACAAUUUUCCGGACUGGGACGAGGUCGGCAUUUUCAACGCCAGCCCAAUCAAAACGUCAAGUCCUCGCGAUAGAGGGACUGAUCCAGUGGCCGACAACAAGUUCCUGUUCAAGAACUUGGUGAAUGGACUCAAGAACAUGUUCUACCAGCUCAAGACUUGCAAUCCGCCUCAGUCCAAUAUCGAUCCUGCCAAUCUGCCGCCUAAUUGGGGCGACAUAUCGUUCGGCUACAACGCUGAGGAGGUCAGGGUCGUCACAAAGCUAUUCCACGAAGGAGCUCGAGUCUUCCGCUACUACAGCACGGACGUCACGCCAACUGAAUUACCGCAUUCCUCACCAAUAGAUUCUGUGGCCAGCCACUCGAUGGCGCAGAUGAGCCGCGAAGAGAAGGAGCUACUCGAGAGCUUCGGCACGGUCUUCCAUUGCCUCGAUCCUGCAACUUUCCACGAAGUGUAUCAAGCAGAGAUACCCCAUCUCCAUGAGCUGAUGUUCGAGCACACGGCGUUACUUCAUCUUCCGCAAUUCUUCCUUGCGAGUGAGACUACUUCACCCGCCUUCGCUGGUAUGGUGCUUCAGUAUCUUAUGAAACAGCUAGGCGAAGUCGGCUCGUCAGAUGUCAAGAAGUCAUCGAUCCUGCUACGGAUGUUCAAGCUUUCAUUUAUGGCGGUAACGCUGUUCUCCGCGCAUAACGAGCAGGUGCUGUUACCUCAUAUCACCAAAAUCGUCACACAGUGCGUGCAUCUGUCGGUCAGCGCCGAGAAACCGAUCCAUUAUUUCGUGCUGCUCAGAUCACUGUUCCGAAGUAUAGGAGGUGGUCGAUUCGAAUUGCUCUACAAAGAGAUUCUGCCAUUACUGGAAAUGCUGCUUGAAACAUUCAACCAACUUUUGCAGGGAGCUCGCGACCUGCACGAUCGGGACUUGUAUGUUGAGCUGACGUUGACUGUACCUGCUAGACUGUCACAUCUGCUGCCACAUCUGAGCCAUCUCAUGAGACCCUUGGUGGUCGCGCUUCGCGCGGGCCCCGAUCUCGUCAGUCAGGGGCUGCGGACAUUGGAACUUUGCGUCGACAACCUCACUGCUGACUAUCUGGAUCCCAUCAUGGCGCCGAUUAUGGAUGACCUCAUGACUGCGCUGUUCGAGCAUCUGCAGCCGCAACCAUAUCAACACUUCCAUUCCCAUACGACCAUGAGAAUACUCGGCAAGCUGGGAGGACGAAACCGAAAGUUCUUGAAUCACCCCCACCAAUUGUCAUACAAGGAAUGCACCGACGAUGAUGCUAGUUUCGAUGUGAGACUAAUCGGUACCAACAAGGACCGAGCUUUCCCACUGAAAGUUGGAACAGACCUGGCAAUCAAGAGGCUGAAGGAGCCAGUCCGACCUGGAUCCGGAAAGCCACACUCCCUUGAGCUCUACUAUAAGCAAGAAGCUUUCAAGUUGAUCAGCAAUCAGGCCAAACUUUUCAUAGGGUAUGACCAGUUGCCGGAGGACUUUGCUGCGCUGCUCCGACUGCAGGCCAACGAUCUCGCCGCUGCUCGCUACGAGACGUACACGACUAUGCUGUCACAGAACGAGGGAACCAAGUUCGUCAGAAGCGACGAGAAGAGGAAGAAAAUGCGAAGAAAUUAA